UCAUCUUUGGGCAUAGCUCGAGCUUCAAGAACCCCUCUGCCCAACGCCUCGUCACCACUCAUCAUGACUACCGCCAAGACCGUCGUUGAUUUGACGCAUGGAUGGACCUUCAAGCAAGCCGAUGAUAGCUCAGACGACGCUUGGUUGCCCGUGAAGCGCGUACCCACCAAUGUCCACUUGGAUCUCAUACAUCACCAAAGGAUUCCUGAUCCCUUCCUUGGUUUCAACGAACUCGAAGCCGAGUGGGUAGCGGAUAAAGCAUGGGUAUACAAAGUGACGCUCCCACGCGUCGACCCGUCGCAGCUCCUUCGGGAUGACACUGUCCAUGUCCUCGCUUUCGAUGGGUUGGAUACGUUUGCAACUGUUCGCCUCAACGGGAAAACGGUACUGGAGAGCGAUAACAUGUUCGUGCCGCACCGCGUGCCCAUCACCAACAAGCUCGCAAAGGACACCGACAACGUGUUGGAGAUUGAGUUCAAGUCGGCGAGACUGGAGGCAAUCAAGAUCAAGGAAGCUCAUCCGGAGCACAAGUGGGUUGGUUUCAACGGCGACAUGUCGAGGCUUGCGGUGAGGAAAGCGCAGUACCACUGGGGUUGGGAUUGGGGACCAAUCUUAAACACGUGCGGUCCAUGGCGAGCCGUGCGAUUAGAAACAUACGAGUCGAGAAUUUCUGAUUUGCGCGUUGACUACGAGCUCUACGAUGAUCUUCGGUCUGCCAGGGGUGAUAUAUCAGUAAAGGUGGAAGGCCCAUCAGCCAAGGAAAUGUUAUUCGAAGUCCGAUACGGAAAAGACGUGGUCUUUCAAGAAUCUGCAACCGUGCAGGACGGCGAGGCUCGAAUCAACUUCCACGUGGGCAGCGUGCAACUGUGGUACCCGCACGGCUAUGGAAAGCAGCCCCUCUAUACGGUGACGGCAAUCGCAUCUGCAGCUGGCACGAAACUUGACGAAGCCACGCGACGAGUGGGAUUCCGCAAAGGUGAACUUGUGCAGGAACCGGAUGAAGUCGGCAAGACGUUUUUCUUCCGCAUCAAUGGAAUCGAUGUCUUCUGCGGAGGCUCUGAUUGGAUCCCGGCAGAUUCGUUCACGCCCAGGGUGACAGAGGAUAAAUAUCGAAAGUGGCUGGAAAUGAUGAUUGAUGGUUUCCAGGUCAUGAUCCGCAUCUGGGGUGGUGGUAUAUGGGAGGAAGACGUAUUCUACGAUUUGUGCGAUGAGCUGGGUAUUCUCGUGUGGCAGGAUUUUAUGUUUGGCUGUGGAAAUUAUCCAGCCUUCCCCAGAAUCUUGCAGUCGAUACGGGAUGAGUGCACUGCCAAUGUGGCCCGGCUUCGACAUCAUCCGUCUGUUGUCAUCUACGCUGGCAACAAUGAGGACUAUCAAGUGCAGGAAUCGUUUGGUCUAACAUACAACUACGAGGAUAAAGAUCCCCAGAAUUGGCUCAAGACAGAUUUCCCGGCUAGGUAUAUCUAUGAAAAGCUGUUACCCGAGGUCGUGUCCGCCGAAAGCCCCCAUGUCGCGUACCACCCCGGAAGUCCAUGGGGAGAUGGCCUGAAGACGUCGAAUAAGACGGUUGGUGACAUGCAUCAAUGGAAUGUGUGGCAUGGUACGCAGGAAAAGUAUCAGAUCUUCGAUACGUUAGGAGGGCGAUUCAACAGCGAAUUUGGCAUGGAAGCCUUCCCGCACAUCGACACGAUCAAACACUACUGCACGGACUCAACGCAACUAUACCCACAAUCGCAUAUGCUUGACUUCCACAACAAAGCAGACGGACAUGAGCGACGGAUCGCCACGUAUUUGGUGGAAAAUUUUCGGACACAGACUGAUCUUGAGGCAUUCAUUCACUUGACACAGCUUUCGCAGGCCGAGGCGCUGAUGUUUGGGUACCGUGGAUGGCGACGACAGUGGGGUCAGAAGCGGUUGUGCGGGGGCGCGCUUGUAUGGCAGCUGAACGACUGCUGGCCCGUCACAUCGUGGUCGAUUGUGGACUACUUCUUGCGCAAAAAGCCCGCCUACUACGCCAUGCGGCGGGUCUUGGCGCCUGUGGCCGUGGCGGUAAAACGUGCGCAUCAUGACUGGAGCGUGGUUCAUGCUCGAGCACCCAAGACGAGCGAUUACGAGCUGUGGGUCGCGAGCAGUCAAGGCGAGGAGCUGACGGCGACGGUGGAGCUACGGUUCAUAUCCAUUGCAACAGGGGAAGAGAUUAAAGACAAAGUGGUCAAGCAAGACAUCAAGCUGGUGGCGAACGGUACCACGGAUGUUCUGGCAGGGUCGAUUGACAAUGUAAACGAAGAGCCGCACGUGCUGGCGGCCAGAAUCUGGAUCGGGGACGAGGUGGUCUCGCGCGAUACCGACUGGCCGCAGCCGCUGAAAUAUCUGGACCUGUCGGACCGCGGGGUGCAGGUGCGACCGCAGGGCAACACCAUGAUUGUCACGGCGAAGAAACCCACCAAAGGUUUGGUGUUUGAGGAGAGGGAAGGGGUUUUGGUUCACGACAGCGCGAUUGACGUGGUGCCGGGCGACAGGCAAGUGAUUGUAGUGAGAGGGCUCGGACCAAGUGAUGGGCCGCUCAAGUGGAGGCAUCUGGGACUGGGUUGA